AAAAAAAUAAAUAGGAUGGAUCGCAGUUGUAUGGGAAGAACCUUUAGAUAUAAAUCUAUUACAAACUAGAGAACAUCAGAGGUGAGAGGAUGAGAUAUUCAUAGAUGAAUAAUUAUAAAAUAAAAUUAUACAAGUAAAAGAAAGAACCAGUAUGUAGGCUUAACACACACAUUGGGUACAUGUAAAUAUAUUCUUAAAGUCUUUAUAGAAAUAACAGAGAUACAACAGAAAUGGAUUUGCUUGGUGGAAAAUGUAAAAGUAUUUCUAAAUUACAAAUUCACACACGAAAUGUUAACAUUUUAAAGAACAAAGUUCCUCAGUCUAACCCGUUUUGAAGGACAUGGUGAAUGGUUUAUCAGUGUGUGUGUGUGUUGGAUGGUACAAAAAUGUUUGAAACACACUAGUAAGAAAAAUAGAAUAUUUUGGUAGACAUUUAAACAAUAAUAACUACUAUUAAUAAUUUGGUACAAUCAAGAUAAAAAUAUUAAAACAAAAGUAACAGAAAAUAAAAGUUUAAAAACUUGUGGGAAAUAAUUAAAAAAGGAAUAAGUAUCGUACACUUGAACCAUAAACGAACUCGUCCUGCGCGGGUCAGUCGUAUCUUGUUCCAUCCGAACUCUUUGGCUUUACUUUGUCCGGUGGUGACGUCAGCCUCAGUGUGAAUACCUUCUCUUUCAUUGGUUUGUUCGGUGAAAAAGGCGGGAGCCGCUACUGUGGCCUGUAGGUGAUUGGCUGUUCCUGUUGUCGGUCUACCUUCCCUGUGUUCUCGGGUCUCACAGGUUGAUGGAGACAGUUGGAGCGGUGAGGAGUCGGUCCGGAUGGAGUCGACUGCGGAGACAGUACUUUGACCCAGUUCUGCAGAAAACGUUCACUAUUUUCUGAUCGGAUUGUUUAUGUUUUUUUACUUUCCCGCUCUUUUUAACACUUUACGGUCCGAUUUGUGUUUCCUUGGCAACAAAAUCAACUAUCCGUGCGAACUUUGAAUCAAGUGUUUGACCGCCAGUUGCAACAUAAAUGCUUUUAUUUCGCUGCUAGAUUAACGGAACCGACUUGAGAACAUUUGAGAACCUACGUGAAGAAGGUUUCUACCCGGUUUUUCCUCCACGUUUCACUCUCACCGUGGGGACCAGGAGAAACAAUAGUGAGCUGCUGCUGAGCUCGUGCACAGGCGAGGCGGUGGGGGGGGGGGUAGAUGCCUCGCGGCAGCGGCAACUUUGAUCCGGAUCGAUCGGUGGAUUGAUCAUCAAAGAUGGACGUGACGCUGUCCGAACUACUGGCCUCCUUCAUGGAGUCGCCGCUGGUGCUGUGGGUUCGCACACUGGGCCCGUUGGGAUCAAGUGACGAUGUGGACUCAGAGGAACGGGUCAGCAUGUACAUGGAGCUGGUGGACGGCGUCUUCCUGCACAAGAUUAUGACCCACAUUGACCCCAGCCCCACCAAUCAGAGGCUGAACAAGAACGUAAACAACGACGUGGCCCUGCGUCUCUACAACCUCACGGUUCUGACCCGACACAUCAAGGCGUACUACCAGGAAACGCUGCAGCAGCUGAUAGUGAUGCCUCUUCCCAACAUCCUCCACGUCGCCAAGGACCCAAUAUCAGCAAAGAGCAUGGAGGAGCUGAAGAGCCUGCUGCUGCUGAUCCUCGGCUGUGCCGUGCAGUGUGAGCGCAAGGAGGAGACGAUUGAGAAGAUCAAGCUGCUGGACAUCGAGACUCAGGCGGCCAUCGUGUCUCACAUUCAGGAGGUCACACACAACCAGCUGAAUGUCCUCGAUCUUUCCUGGAUGGACGAUGGCGCCGAGUUGGUCCCUGAAGAGCUGGAGCCGCUGUCCCGCAACAUGGCGGUGUCGCUACGGCAACUCAUCGAUCAGCGAGACAAAGCCACUGAGGUAAUCUUGGACCUCACCCAGGAAAGGGACUACCUGUCCAGUCAGCAGCCCCAGGAAGGAAGCAGGAGGCGGAGCAGCCAGGGCGGCGGGCCGAUCUCUGGAGGUCCGGGACUGAACCAUGUAGGAUCGGCUUUGACCGAGCUGACCAAGGAGGAGAAGCAGCAUCUGUCUGUGGAGCUGGCUGAUGCUAAGGCCAAGCUGCGCAGAUACAGACAGGAACUGGAGGAGAAAACAGAACAGCUGAUGGAUUCCAAACAUGAUGUGGAGCGUCUGGAUCAGGAGCUACAGAAACUCAAACAAGAGAACCAGUCUCUGUCUUGUGAGGCCCGUUCGGUCCGAGUGUACCGGGACGAGGUGGACUCUCUAAGGGAGCGAGCGGCUCGGGUCGACCGACUGGAGGCUGAACUGAGCAGAUGCAAAGAGAAGCUCAAUGACGUACACUUCUACAAGACCAGAGUGGAGGAGCUGCGUGACGACAACAUGACUCUGCUGGACACCAAAGUGCUGCUGGAGGAGCAGCUGUCGGCCUCCAGGGGGCGCUGUGACAAACUGCACUCGCUGGAGAAAGACAACCUUCUGCUGCGAGCUAAAAUCCACGACCUGGAAAUGGAGCGGGACAACGAGCGGCGGAGGCUGGAGGAGCUGGUGGAGGAGAACAUGCUGCUGGAGAUCGGGCAGAAGCAGAGCAUGAACGAGUCUGCCCACCUGGGCUGGGAGCUGGAGCAGCUCACCAAGAACCAUGACGGUCCCACCCCCGAGAGUCGGAAAUCUCUGGUCCAUGAGCUGAACGAGUGCGUUUCCAGUCGAGUUCUGAAGUUGGAAAAGGAGAAUCGGGAGCUACAGGCCGCCUUAGAGAGACUGAAGGAGGAGAACCACCUCCGACAGGAGCAGCAGCUUCACACACAGGAGCUGGACCGGGAGAACCAGAGUCUGAGCAACAAGUUGGAGCGUCUUCAGGGAUUACUGGACCAGGAGAGACUAACCAAUCAGGACAUGGAGUCUCUAGGGGAGGAGCUACUAAAGGAGAAACAGAGUCUGGAGCUAGAGAUGCACGCUCUGCGGGCUGACAAGGACCGACAGAUCUCAGAGCUGGAGAGUGAGAAACAGCACCUGUCGGAGGCGGUGAAAUCCCUUCAGGAUCGCGCUCAGUCCAACAGCGAGACCAGAGUCAGGGAGGUGGAAGCCAAGAACCGCCUGCUCCAUCAGAGCAUCACGGACACCAGCUCCCGCCUGGCCAGCCUGGAAACACAGCUUAAAGUGGUGAGUGAGGAGGCGGAGAGGCUGAGGGAGCGGGCAGGGCGCUGCGAGGAGGCGGACAGGGAGGUGACCCGUCUGGAAAGGAGCAGGGAGGCUCUCAACAGAGAGGUGGCGUCUCUGCGUGCAUGCAGUGAGCGCUCAGAAGCCCUGGAGAGGCAGGUGACCUCCCUGGAGCAGGAGGUGCUCAGACUGAAGCGGGAGGCUGAGGAGGCUCAGAAGGAACCACAGCGGCUGGCCAAGCAAGAGGCAGAAAAUGGCCUGCUGUCUAAGGAAAACCUGGAGCUCCGCUGCUCCAUGGAAAACCUGCGUUCCUCAUCUGCCCGCCUGCCCUCACUGCAGGAGGAGCUGAAGGAGGCGCAGAGGGAGACCCAGGAAGUGCAGAAGACACUGGAGGAGGCCAGGAAGGAGGCGCAAGGAGAGAGGAAGAGAGCGGAGAGGCUGGAGCUGAACCUGUCAGCUCUGAACAAGAUAAAACAUCAUCUAGAAGAGGAACUGGAGAGGAGCAGGGAGGAGAUGCUGGAGGUGGACAAUAAGAUCAGAGAGACUAAAACCAGGGAGGAGGGACUGAGCCGGGAGCUAGAGGAUCUUAAAGAGGAGCGAAGAAGAAGAGAAGAGGGGGACGAGGAGAGGAAGAAGCUCCAGCUGGACCUCGAGCAGUCUGAGAAGAUCCGGAAGCAGCUGGAGAAGGAGAACUGGAGGAUCCGAACGCUGUUGGAAGCCAAGGAGGUGGAGCUGGAGGAGAAAUCCAGCCGAGCGUCUGCGUCUGUUAAGGAGGGUGCGGCUCUGAGGAAGGAGGUGGAGAGACUGAAGGAGGCAUCUGUUAAAGCCAAGGAGCAGGAGCGGGAAAACAAGGAGCUGCAGAAGCAGGCCACCAUCGACAAGAAAACUCUGGCAACACUGAGGGAGGAGCUGGUGUCUGAGAAGCUGAACGUUCAGCAGCAAAACGUUGAGCUGGAGAGACUGAACGAGGAGAAACUGCUGCAGCAGGAGCACACGCUGGAGGACAGCAGGUUCAGGCUGCUGGAGUCCCGGCUGGAGGAGACCGUCCAGCAGACCAUGAAGCUGAAGGAGGAAAAAAUCAGCAGCUUGGAGAAGAAACUAGAAGAGAGCAACGCUUUGAAUGUUUCUCUACGCAACGAGCUGACCUCUGCUCAGCGUCAGCAGCAGAAAAAGGAAAGUUCCCGGCAGCAAGGAUCAGGCAGUGAACAUGGAGCCACUGCUGAACUGCUGCGCAUCAAAGAUCAUCUCAUCACCGUGGAGAAGAGCAACGCCUCCCUUCAGACGGAGAGCAGUUUACUGAAGGCGCAGCUCAAGCAGCUUGACAGCCAGAACACUUCCCUCAACAACCAGAUGGUGGCGCUGCAACGGCACGCCACCACUCUGCAGGAGCAGAACUCAGCUCUACAUACUCAGACAGCGAAGCUGCAGGUGGAGAACUCUACCGUGUCCUCGCAGAGCGCCUCCCUCAUGGCCCAGAAUGCUGUGCUGCAAGGCCAGGUCACUGCCCUAGAGACCGAGGUGGAGUCGUGGCAGCGGCAGCGCGACGAGGCGUGGCGAGCCCGAGAGAGCGUGCUCAGCGACCAUGAGCGCCUGCUGAGCGUGCACGAGAGGCAGGCUCAUGAGUAUGAGCAGCUCAUCAGCCAGCAUGCCGCACUGAAAGGCAAGCAGAGGGCGCUAGAGAGCGAGCACAGGACACUGCAUAGCAAGUACUGCUCUCUGCUGCAGCAGAAGGAGAAAUGGGAGGAGGAUCAGGGACGCAGUCAGAAAGAAAAGGAGGAGCUGAAGCAAGAGGUCCAGAAGAACCGACUCCUACAGCAGGAGAACCUGCAGCUGAAAUCUGAAGUGGACCGACUGACUCGGAGCCAAUCACAGCACACCGAGCAGAGCGAGGGCCUCCACCAGCGAGUCAACGAGCUGAAGAGCUCGUUAAGCUUAGCUCAGCAGGAAGUAAGCCAGUGGAUGGCCCGUCAUGACUCACUGAUGGAGCAGCACCAGAACCUGGACAUCACCAUGACCAAACUGGACAACCACUGUGAGCUGCUGAGUCGCCUGAAGGGGAACCUGGAGGAGGAGAACCACCACCUGCUGAGCCAGAUCAAUCUGCUGGGUCAGCAGAACCACACACUGCUGGAGAGGAGCAUGGAGAGCAAGGAGCUGUAUCACCAGGAGCAGAAGCUCUACAUAGAUAAGCUCAACGCUCUGCGACGGCAGAAGGAGAAGCUGGAGGAGAAGAUCAUGGACCAGUACAAGUUCUACGACCCCUCACCCAAAAAGAGGAGUCAGUGGUCCGGAGCUAAAGCUCUGGUCAAGCUGAUCAAACCCAGAAAAGAGAGCAGCCGGGAGCGCGGAGCCGACCGGGACAAGGAGGCUGAGAGGAACCGGGAGAGAGCCAAGAGCGCUCCUGAUAUCCCCCUGCCUGCCACGCCCUCUCUGCUGCCCCCAGAGACCCCACCCCCUGCUCCCCCACGCACAGGAAACGACACACACAGUAACCAUAGCAACCACAACAGCAGCCCGAGCCUGGGACCCCAAAGUCCUGCCGUGACCCCCAUCAGCCGAGGAUUGACUGACAGAGGCCGUGGCGUUCAUGGCAGCAGCAGCGAAAGCGUCAACGGAGACGAUGCACACGGUCAGAUCCACAGGAGUCGCCUGAGCUCCAGUCCGAACCUUCUGAACCAGACCUGCAGCUCCAGACCAGGUCCGGUCGUGAGCCGAAGACCCAGAGGUUUGCUCGAUGAAGACUCGGUCUUUGGAGGUUGCCCCGGUUCUGGAGACUUCAGCCGCAACACCUCCAGCUCCAGCUCCCCCGUCGCAUGUAGAGAUGCUUCAGAUCGGCAGCCACGCUCUGCCAGCCUCUCCAGUGAUGAUGUUGUGGGCCUCAGCCAAUCACAGCAGAGCCUAUCACGGAGCUCCACGCUCCCUUAUGACCACACCCCCCAGAGGGCCCAACCUCAGCGAGGAGGCGGAGCCAGGGCUAAGCCACGCCCAGGUUCUCCAGGAAGUGAGAUGGUGACACUGAAGGAGUUCCUACAGGAGAGCAACCUGUUGUCUCCUCCGCUGCUGUCCACAGGAAGUACUGAUGAGCUGAUGGCCGACUACUUCACCAGAAGCUCCGCCCCCUCAGCUCCCUCUGCCAGGGAUCAGGUGACUCCCACCAGCUAUGUCUCGCCCACCGUCCACUCGUCCAAUCAGAGGCCCGGUCAGAGUGUAAAGCCUUCCCCUCGACAGCCAGUCGGCCAAUCACCAGCCUCGAGCCAAACAGUUACACAGAGAACCGGCCAAUCACUGAGCAGAGCCUUCAGCCUGGCUUCUGCCGACCUGCUGUGCUCCCAGGGACCAGACAGUUACCGUGGAAACAAGGUAGACGGGGUGGUCCGUCGCCAAGGAGGAGGGGGUACCCAAAACGAGCGCCCCAUGUCCGCUCGUUUUGCGACUUCUGACUUUCUGAGUCCGACGAUCCACCACUCCACAUCCCUAAACCUGCAGACGGAGAGAUCCGCUGAGAGGGAGCGGGACAGGGGACGGACCAUCUCCAGGAACAGCCACCGUGCAGAGGUUGCCAUGGUGACCCCUGUCAGACCAAUGAGGCCUGAUGAAGCAUCAGAGGGAGGCGACGUCCUGAGGGAGGGGCAGCCCGGAGACUCCUCCCACUCCAACAAGGAGGGCGACAGAGUCCAGAGCGGCUCCUUGGAGCGUCCCAAGAGCACGCCGGCUUCUCCGGAUCCCAACAACGACCCGCAGACUGUGUGGUACGAGUACGGCUGCGUCUAAACGCAGAAUGGGUCUACAUCCCGAGACAGCACCGGACUCAAGGGGCUUGGGACCGGAUUUUAAACACAGGUCUCAGUGAGGCUAACGGGCCGCUCUGAGAGUUCUGAUGGUUUGUGUUCUGCUCCACUUUUACACCAAGGACGUUAAUUCUAAACAGGGACUGUGGAUGUUUUUACUGACGCUCAAUCUGGAGCACAGAGGGAGGGACUACACAGCCAGAACCGAGAAGCUGCACCAGAACGGACCUGUAUACGCCCUGAGUCCUCAGCGGUUCUAGAGAACCGUCUGGGUCCUCAGCGAUUGGAGCAGACUGAAUGUAUCCUGUUAAAUGUUGACUGCUGAGAACAAACACUGGAAUCUUCUCAUGGAGGAAUAAAUAGGAACUGGGUGGAGCGGCGCCUCCCGGUUAAAUUACAGUGUUCCUCCCUCCAUCUUUAGCUCCUGUCCCAGCAUGCAUCACUCUGACACUUUACGGGAAGCAGAGCUCGAGCCGAGCCAACGGCGCUCUGUCAAACCCAAAACCACUGAGGCUUGGCCCCUGGGGGGGUUAGCGGUUUUGCUGAGGGAACCACCAUGUUUGGGCUGAGAGCUGCUGCACACGAGUCGACGGAGGUCCGGCACAAACAGUGGGAACGCAGCAGAAACAAAGCUGUGGUUCUGGAACGAGGGAGAAAACCUUCUGAGUGCAGCAACGUGUGCAAACAUUCAGAUUCAGCUCCAGAUGAAACAUCUAGAGGAGCUGGGUUCCUCCUGGACCUCUGAACCUUCAGCAUUCACCAAAGAAUGAAAGCCUGGUUCUGGUGUUCAAAUCAGAACAGGAUCAGGAUCCAGGUACCGUGUUUUAAUGUUAGAUUGAGAUGUAGAGUGUAUUCCUCUCAGAACCUAGUUCAAACCUCCAUGUUCCUGAAGAACCGAUGCAAAUGGUUGGACUUUAUCUGACCCAGUUAUUAUUUUGAUCCCAAUCCCAGUUUUUCCACAAUCACAGUUUAAGUUUGAGGAUUUUACCAGAUUUUCCUCAGACUGUUCUCCUUAUGAUGUGACGAUGGUUCUGACCCAGUAAAAUAUUCUGAACCUUUUGGAUUUAAACAGCGUCUCCAUCCAAUCUCCCAGUGCUGUAGGACUUCUGUCCAAUCAGAGCCCAGAGUUCAGAGAGACACGCCCACACUCUCAUUCACUCCCAGUAGGUUUCACCUCUGGAUGGUUCUGCAGAAACUGGACCUGAAGUUUUUGAUUAAGCUGUCAGAACUGCUACAGAAAUACACAGCAGAUACUUUAUGAGGGAUAUGGAGACCAGCAGGAGGUUCUGAUGUGACCCACGGUUUUUAUGCAGUGACUUUCUGCCUGUGCGACCAGUGACCCAGCAGCUUCUUGGUUCUGGCGUUGAUCCAUCAUGGCCGUCUCCAGAGACGCUGCCCGAUUUUCACCCAAACCUUCAGGAUCCACGACCCUGUCCAAGAGUCCAGCUCGGGCUCAGCAUCAGCUUCUUGAACUCAAACACAGAGAAAAACAUCAUAAUAAACUCAUCAGGUUCCAGAUCCGGUUUCAGAACCAGCUUCAGAACCAGCUCAACCUUUUGGGUGAAUGUAAUGAACUUGUUCAGCUCAGAAACGAGUUUUUAAAUCUGAUCAUGACCCAAAGUCCUGUUCUGAUUUUAGCUCAGAUUCAUCUGCCCCACACUGAACCUUCAGGUGUCCAGAACAGAACUUUCAUUUUUUUACCUAGAGUCCAGAAACCCUCAAGAUGAAGAAGAAGAAGAUGAUGAAGAUGAUGAUGAUGUAACAACACUGAAAAUGACUGAUUAAUAAGCAACAUGAACAUCUAUUUCCUGUUUUUAGUUUUUGUAAAUAUGUUAACCAAACACUGAACGGAUCCAGAUGUUCUCCUGUGGUCCGUCCAGGUUUGACUGAAGUUCAGCACCACGCCUCAUAAAUCUGGUCUUGACGUCUUCUGUCCAAGUGUCCCUCAGUGGAACGGGACAACGGGCUGCAGACGAUGAGGCCCCUGAAGUCUUCUGCUGCCAUGUGACAACUGCUGACAACGGACCUGUGGUUCUGUAGAAAUAAAGAUUUCUAAAUAAAACCAUCUGCUGCUGAUUAAA